CCCUGGAUUCGACGUCAACCACGGAUCAGUACCGGAUACCACCAAACCAGCUCGCAUGGCCUUUUCUACCAAUCACCUCGUCACGCCAACUUGCCAGCCCGGCUUCGAGGUGACGGCCAACGUUUCCUGCAUGGGCGAUGGAAAAUGGGUUUUCCCCUCCGGAAUGACUCAAGCGCAGUUUGUGUCAUCUGUGUGCAAAGUGACGCCACCAACUUUCACCUCCUCUGACCUUACGGUCCGUCAAACCAUCAAUGGUCAGAUGACCGCAUUUAUCCCACCGGCCACCCUGUCAGUUGUGUUUCACCUCACCUGCGUCGCAGCCUAUCAGCCUUCCAGCGGAUCAGUCGUGGUAACCAUCAGCCCUCUCAACACAGCCUCAAAGCAUAUCACUCGCUAUGACACCGGUCUAGUUCAGACCUGUACUGCCCGUAGUCCGCUUGGCACUGCUACCGCUCAAAUCAAAAUCGCCCAGGGUUACCCUGUUUCGAUCUAUCCCGUCAGAGCAUCCAUGGUUCUGUUGCCGUCCGGUGGAACAAACUCAUCGUUGCUUGUGGCUGCUCACGGUACCCCUCUGGGUCAACACGUAGUAUGUGUGUUUGUUGCUGAUGGCUCAGCUCCCCAGUGUGGCGCAUGGACCGAUUCCUAUGCCAGCAGCAGCCUUGUGAUGGUGGACACUCCGUCUGUCAAGGCCACCCUGGAAUUCACCGCUCCCACACUCACCUGCCCUGGUUCGUUCCACAUCGUCGUCACCCGUCCGCUGGCAGCAAACCAGCCUACGGUCACCGUCACCACUAUGCUCGUCAACCCAUUCCCCAUUUUCGGAUCCGCACCCCCCGUCAGCACCUAUAGUCACGAGGUUGGUACGCCCGUGCCCGCGUCACGUGACUACCCGGCUACAUGCUAGCUUCGUGCUGCCAGCCAUCGAACGUAUACAACGUUGCUGGAGUCCUAAUGCAGGGCUGUCUUCUUUUUAUCUGGAGACUGUAUGAGUAUUGCCAGAUCUGGCUUGCAAAUCAAGGCAGGGACCUUUUUCAAGGGACUCAAUCGUAAGGGUAUGCACGUACACCUACCCUUUCCUCGGCUAAUAGCCUUUUCUUUAAACUUGUUUUUUUGUUUUGUCUGAUCAUCUGGCACUCAAGCUAUACCUAAAAAUUCAAGGAGUGUAUAUUAAUAUUAUUGCUAACACUGUACACAGUCCGUGUUCAGCAAUAAUUAUUAUAUUAUUCGAAGCUGUUCUAUAUCAAAGCUGUGAAUAAGAUGUGCUGUCAUCACCAAGCACACAUUACGAAGCUAUUUUGAAUUUAUUUUGCAUAGCCAUGAGGUCCAUUUGCCAUCAUCUAUUAUUCUUUUCUCUCUCUCUCUCUCUCUCUCUCUCUCUCUCUCUCUCUCUCUCUCUCUCUCUCUCUCUCUCUCUCUCUCUCUCUCUCUCUCUCUCUCUCUCUGUCGUUCACAUGUUUCAAAGAGGCGAAAUCGCCUGGGUGUGGUGCGACGCUAAAUAUACUUUAAAGGCUCGAAGACUCCAGACAUUGUGCUGUUGCU